GAGCAAGCGGUGGUUGUGCAUGUGAUAGAAGAAAAUCUCCCACCCUCUCAGUGAUCGCGCGCUGGACCGCGCUAUUCGACCUGUCUCCACCUUGUACCUAGUCUCGCCGCGGUGUACCAUUGCAAGAGAGCACCUCCGUGUGGUAGCUCGGUUAAAAGUAGGUAUUGCCGACCAACCAGUCGGCCAGCUAGCCGGUCAGUUAGCCGAUCAGCCAGCCAGCCAGCCAGCCAGCUCGAAGAAAACAAUCCUUACGUGCACACCGUAACGUGCAUACCGUGGUGCACACCGGUCUUAUAAUGACGCGACGCGGUGACCGUUUUGGUACGAUAAAAGUUGAGGGCAACCUUCGGGUGUUCCUGCGCUGGUUCGAAGAGAGCUGAGGAAAAAAGAAGAGGGAGUGGAACGGGUUCUCUGGUGCCAGUGUGCAGUCUAGUCCAAGACACAGGAUGAUAGCGAACGUCCGAUGAGUAUCCUGCUUCCCAUUGCCCUCCUACUAGAGUGAGAGAGAGAGAGAGAGAGAGAGAGAGAGAGAGAGAAAGAGAGAAAGAGAGAGGGCGUGAGGAGAACGAAAAGAGAGAAUAGUUCUCCGCGGGUGACUGAGCUAUACCGCCACUUCCAUCCUUCCUCCACCACCAUUAGCGGUAAGAAGAAAUGUCGAAACAAGAAGAAAUGUCUACCAGUCGAGAAUCGCAUCGGGCUUGCACCGCGGUAGAAAAAAACAUGUUGACGAGGAAGAAGGCGAGGAGGACGAAAAUGAUCCCGCCGGACGGUGGAUGGGGUUGGGUGGUCCUUUUUUCCGCCCUUAUCGUCAACUUUCUCAUUCCUGGCACCGUCAAGUCCUUCGGCGUGCUUUUCGUCGAGUUUUUGCACGUUUUUAAAGCGUCGUCCACGGCGGCCUCUUGGAUGCCAGCGUUAUGCUACUUCCUGUACAGCUCGUUAGGUCCUUUAUCUAGUAUUCUAUCGACCAAAUACUCGUUUAGAACAGUAACUCUCAUCGGCGGCACCUUUGCGGCCAGCGGCAUGAUGCUGAGCUACUUUGCCAAUUCAGUUACUUAUCUUUACAUCAGUUACGGUCUUAUGGUUGGAAUCGGCGCUGGAUUAUCAUUUCCUCCGACGGUUUACAUCGUUACGCAAUACUUUGAGAAGCUACGAGGGAUGGCGAACGGCCUAUGUAUUUCCGGUAGCGCAAUCGGCACAAUAGUGUUACCACCGUUACUGCAACAUCUCUUGGACCGCUUUGGAUACAGAGGAGCUGUACUCAUCAUGGGUGCGAUUACGCUGAAUACGCUGGUCUGCGGUCUCUUGUAUCAUCCGGUCGAGCAACACAUGAAAAUCGUGCCCCUGGAUGACGGUAUCGAUAAUGAAGCACUGACUCUCGACGAGUCGAUUGGUGGAAAACAGGAAUCCGCUGAAAAAAUGGGAGAGGACGCAAAAUUCGCGUCGGGUGAUGACGAAUCAAUACGCAGGUUUUCGGAUCUUUCGCACAAUCAGCACAAUGUGGUACUGGAGAUCACCGAAAAGACAUCUUGUAAGCCUGAGAAGGCAACUUGUAAGCCUGAGAAGAAACUGGAUUACAAAACGAAUGAUACAGUCGUGGGAUUACGCUACGAUGUCAUUAGGGACGAGAUUCCGCGUGAAAAUACUCCAAAUGCGAAUGAAUUCCGUAUGACGAUUCGUCCGAGUCAGGAGGACGAUGAUGAUCUGAAUAGCGACACGCAGAAUUUAUCGCGGCGAGGCAGUGCUGGUACCGAGAAAGAUGUCAAGUCGCAAUUAGAUCCCUUGAAAAUCAGGAAGAAUCCGAAGGAAGAUAGGGUGUGCGACGAGGAACCCAAACGGGACGAUGUGUGCUCGAAGUCGAGCAAAACACCGAAAAGACAUGAUGACAAAAAAACGCCCUUCUUCGAUCUAAGCGUGCUGAGGGAUCCCAUUUACUUAGUGAUUCUCAUCUCCAACUCCACAUCGGCCAUCAGCAAUACGAAUUUUAUGAUCCUAUUGCCGUCUUACGCGAUUGCCGAGGGCUUCGACAAAAACUCGUCGGCUCUGCUCCUGUCUAUAGUCUCGGCGUUAGAUCUGGUCGGCAGAAUCGGUGGCGCAUCCUUAUCUGAUAUCGACUUCGUACCCAAGUAUUAUUACUUCGUAUGCGGACUCGGUACUAGUGGGAUCGCUCUGGCGUUAUUACCAAUGGCGACCAGCUACACUAUGCUGUCAUUCUUCUGCGGUCUCUUCGGUCUGUCAUCAGGAAUGUAUAUCGGUAUCACGACCGUCAUCCUUGCGGACAUGUUGGGAACGGAGAAGCUCAGUUCGUCCUAUGGAAUUUCGUUGUUCGUUAAUGGCGUGUUGCAGCUCGUCGGACCGCCUAUUUGUGGUGUUAUUUUCGAGAACAUACUAACUUAUAAGCCGAUCUUUUUAGCCUUUGGAAUUAUCUUAAUUUUGGGCACUGCACUUUGGGCGGUAGUGCCGCUUAUCAAUAGAAAUAAUAAAAAGGAUAUAGAAGCGAUAUAAAAUUCGCGCAAAUAACUUGUGUACAACUUCGACGAAGGUUUUUCGGUGUAAUUUAAGCAUUUUAUAAGACUUUAUGUAUUACAAUUGCGAUGGUUGCGUUGUUGAAAACGUUCAACAAUAUCCUUAGAUACUUUUAAACUGUGAAACAUUUGAAUUAUUGUAUAUUUCUAGGCGAAUUGACACUUGUUUUUGAUAUUUGUACUUUAAGAAGAAACUUUGGGAAAGCUCGUAAAAUUUAAUUUUAAUUAAUAUUAGACUUGAAAAUAAUCGAGCUUUGUAUCCACAAAACCAGCAUGACCAUGUAUAUAGCUAUCUGCGCAGCAGAUAUUUAUCAUUACAAGUAUUUUCCACGA